CCGCCGCCGCUACCGGAGCGCGGCGGGAGCGGAGCGGGAGCGCGGCGGAAGUGACGUCACGGAGAGCGCGGGAUGGGCGGGAGUGACGUCAGCCCCUCCCCCUCCCUGCGCUUGGCCCUGGCCGGGGCCUGGUGGGCGCUGAGGGGGCGUGGCCUGGAGGGGCGUGGCCGCGGUGGGCGUGGCCUGGAGGGGCGUGGCUGGGGGCGUGUCCUGGCGCUGCUGGAGGCCGUGGGGGGCGGGGCCCCGGCGCUGCUGCGGCCCCGGCACCGCGCCCGCCUCAGCCUGGGGCUGAGGGCUCAGGUGGUGACGUCACUGCUGCGGGAGCUCGGCCCCGCCCCCGCCGUGCUGGACGCGCUGGAUUGGCUGUUCCCAGAGGGGGCGGGGCCAGCGGGAGGCCACGCCCUCGGGCCCCCCCAGGAGCUGCCCCUGGUGGGCGUGGCCGAGGAGCACUUCCGGGAGCAGGUGCUGGGAAUUCUGGGAAGUGGGCGGGGCCUGGAGCCCUUCCUGCAGGAGUACGGGCCGUGUUUCCGCCGUUCCCUGUUCCGCCUUUUCCUGGAAUUUUUGGGCCGUGUGGAGAGCGCCCUUCCCCCCCCCGACCUGCCCCAGCUGGAGCGGCUCUGCCGAAGCCACGCCCCUCCCGGCUCCAGGCCACGCCCCCUUUCCCGCCUGCAGCGUUACUUCGCGGAGGUUCGCCACGCCCACCCAGCUCCAUUGCCACGCCCACUCCCGGCUGAGAAAACGCCGCUCACGAGAAAGCCCCGCCCCUGCCGCCGCAGGCUCCGCCCACUCCGCAUGGCCCCACUAGACGCUGACGGGGAAAGAGAUCGAGAUCGACAUCGAACCCACGGACAAGGUGAGCGCCCAGUAUGGACCAGUACGGACCAGUACGGACCAGUAUGGACCAGUGGAGCGGAUCAAGGAGCGCGUGGAGGAGAAGGAAGGGAUCCCCCCGCAGCAGCAGCGGCUGAUCUACAGCGGCAAGCAGAUGAACGAUGAGAAGACGGCGGCCGACUACAAAAUCCAGGGGGGCUCCGUCCUCCAUCUUGUCCUGGCGCUGCGAGGGGGCGUGGCCAGGCCCUGAGGGGGCGUGGCCAACAACAGGCCACACCCCCUCCCCCCUUAAACCACGCCCACCCCCCUUUCCCCCACCCCUGAGCUCAUUUCCUAUUGGUGGAUCCGUUAUUAUUUAAUAAAGUUCGUCUGAUGACGUCAUCGCCGCGUUGGUGACGUCAUAACCGUC